AUGAGUUACGCACCUCUGGUUUCGAAAAUUUUGGUUUCUUUCAUACUAGCUUCUACAGUAUUGUAUCGCUAUGGAAACUGGUUCAGACAUCGCAUCUUCGUUACGUUAAUUGUAUUGUUAGCUUGGUACUGUAGUUUCUUAAUCAUAUUCGCUUUACCCCUCGAUGUUAUUUCCACUGUGUAUCGUCAAUGUCAAGAAGAAAACCAUGAAAAUGUAACGACCUCUAAUGUAACUUCUCCAAAUAUAACGUUUGCAAGUCCUAUUCCUAGAUGUGAAGAACCUUGGAGUAAUGUACCAAAGAGAGUUUUUCCUAAUCUAUGGCGCACCGUUUAUUGGAGUACCCAGUGCUUGACUUGGCUUAUAAUGCCAAUGAUGCAAUCUUACAUAAAAGCGGGUGAUUUCUCUGUAAAAGGAAAACUAAAAUCCGCUUUAAUAGACAACGCUAUUUAUUACGGAUCUUACUUGCUCAUUUGCGGGGUGUUGCUUAUUUAUCUAGCUCUUAAACCUGGAAUAGACUUGGAUUGGCCAAAGUUGAAAGCUAUCGCUUCCUCUGCUAGUAAUACUUGGGGUUUGUUCCUGUUAGUGUUAUUGUUGGGGUAUGCACUUGUGGAGGUUCCUAGAAGAUUGUGGCACAAUUCGAAUGUCGGUUAUGUGUUAACUCACUCCUAUUUCAAGGCAGCUAAACUAAGUUCGGAUAAAUGCGAAGCGGAAGAAACUGUGGAUGACGUUUUAGAGUCUCUACAAGCUAUAUCUCUCGCUAUAAGACCAGGUCACGUUCUGCAUCAACACUUGGAAACUAUAUUGCAAAAAGUACCGACGGAGUUAAGAGAUAGGAUGAAUCGUAGGCAGUUGCCCGACGAUACGCCGACAGACCUGCCAUCGGAAAAAGCGCUAGUCAGGCUGCAUAAACAAACUAUUAAGUCAUUGCAAGUUCUUCAGAGAACUGAAACGCAAUGGAAUAUUAUGGUGAAACGCAUUUUCGAGUUGGAGGAUGUUCUUAAAAAUCAAAUUAGCAGCGAUAAAAGGUUUAUGAGAACUUUCCACAGGGAGCGAAAUUGGUUUACAAGAUUUGUGUACACAUCCACAGUAGAAUGGUACUGGAAGUGUGUCCUUUACGGUUAUACACAGAAAAUGUUAGCGGUUCUCGCUGGUGUAUUCUCCGUUUGUGUGGUAUGGUCGGAAGUGACAUUUUUCAACGUAUACCCGCCGCUGUCUAUAUUCGCCGUUAUUGUCAACGUAGCAAAAAAGAAUUACGAUUAUUUUACUAUCGAGUUGCUUUCGACGGCAGUUAUCCUAUACCUGUGCUACUGCGCCUACUCCACGGUACUUAAAAUAAGGGUGUUAAACUUGUAUUACCUAGCACCACAUCACCAAACCAAUGAAUACAGCUUAAUAUUCUCCGGGAUGAUGUUGAGUAGACUCACACCGCCGCUGUGCUUAAAUUUCCUCGGCCUCAUUCACAUGGACAGCCACGUGAUAAAGAGCCAAGUAAUGGAAACUUCCUACACACAGAUAAUGGGACAUAUGGAUGUCAUAGGUAUAAUUUCUCACGGCUUUAAUAUUUAUUUUCCGAUGGCCAUAUUAGUAUUUUGUUUAGCCACCUAUUUUAGUCUAGGAUCUAGGUUUUUGUCGAUGAUAGGUUUUCAUCAGUUUAUCGACGAUGACGAAAUGACUACAGAUUUAGUUGAAGAAGGGAGAGAUCUAAUUAAAAGAGAAAAACGCAAGAGGCAACGUGCCGAGGAAUCUACUAGCAGGAGAAAGGACUUGCAAGAUCGGUAUCCAAAUAUGGGCCGAUAUAGACAAAGAAGCAGUACAGACACAAUAAGGCCCAUGCAACAACUGGACAGUUCAGAGAACACUAGAUCGGUCCUAAGAGAUUCUCACGGGUUGGAAUCCUAUAACGGCACGAAGUUUUCGAACGAUGACAUCGAUACUCGUUUCCCGCCCGACGACGAUAUCGAUGCUCGAUUCGGCGCCAGCACCGGAUUUAAUGAAAGAUACGACAGCUCUAAUGAAUUGGAACCUAGAUUUUCGGAUAGUUAUCAGCUAAACAAUAAUUAUAGAACUAGAGUAGGUGUUCCUCCUAGGGGUAUAUUUGACGAUGUUUGACUUAGUUAAAUUCAUUGGUUGAGGUAACUAAUUUAUAAUUUAUUUUUCUUAAUCAUUUUAUAAAAUUUCAUUUUACCAUUGUAGCUAGUAAUGAUCAUUAUUUAAUUAUUGUAACUGUUAUUAAAUAUUAAACAGUGUGUUACGAGUUAAUUCGUCAUGUUGACAACUGUUUUUUUUUUCAAUUUGUGCAAUAUUUGAAUAGUCGUUAGUAUUUACUUUUUUUAGCUUCAUAGUACUUUUUUGUUAUUAUUAGAGAGCAGACUUUAAAAAUAUAUAAAAUAAAUGUACACGUCUCAUAGAAGACACUUAAAAUGAGGCAGAUAUUUUUGCAAACUGUACAGGGUGCUUCCGCAAUAAGCGUCUCCAGUACACUGCAACGUUCGGAAAGAAGUGUAAGGAUAAAAUUUGCUUGAAACUUUAGACUUUUUUAAGUUUAAUUUUCAGAAUAUAUUAUUGCAUGUAGAUAAAACGUUCUGUUGAGGUUAUAAGUGAUAUGAAGUUUGUGAUGUGUACAUUUCCAUAAACAACUGUAAAUUUUUUUCUAAAGUACCAAAUUAAUUGAAUAAUUUUUUAAAAUUACGCAAGAAUUGCAAAGAAUAAUCCCUAACUAUCUGUAUUUUGUAAAGGCUUAGGAAUAAAUGUUUGCGGAAUUUAG